UGAGCAUCUGGCACUGUGUCUUAUUUAGUGAAAAAUGGCCGGCGUAAGCGACUGGUUCAGCAUUGGGAGUACGGUGGCAUGUAAAACCUGUUACAACAAGGAAAUCGAGGGCGAAGUAUUGGCUUUUGAUCCACAAACAAAAAUGCUAAUACUGAAAUGUCCAUCGUCUAGUGGCAGAUCUGACUUGACCGAUGUCCAUUUAGUGAAUUUGUCUUUGGUGUCGGAUGUUCAAGUUAAGCGAGAAGUGAAUCAGACGCUCGGGGAAGCACCACAGAGCCUGAAUCUGCAGAGGUUAAAUAGGCGGGUACACAAUCAGAUAGAGGAGAAAAAGAGAAUGGUGAAGGCUCUGCAGGCCGGAGUAUCGCCUGAGGGACAAAAAUUAUACCUUGCUAUAGCUAAGACCAUCCCGACGAUAAGGUUCGCUGGACAAAACAUCAUCGUCUGGGACAACGUUACCAUUGUUCCGCCUUACAAGCUCGAUAACAUUCUUGGCAAUGUGGAGUCUAAGCCUUAUCAACAUGUUAGGAAAGUUGUUGACAAACACAUGAAGGAUACGGCAUUAGCGUCGGAAACGCAGCAACAGCCGGAUCAGCCACUACAGCAGCAGCAGCAGCAGCGAGGAGAUUCUCAGCAGCAACCACAGACUCAAAAAAGCGGGGGCACGCAAUAGACGAAUGAGGGUAUAAUUAAAGAGAUUGAAAAAAAUAAAAGAUAAAAAUAAAGCAGAAAUGAAAAAUAAUAGGAAAGGAGAAAAGAGGGAUAACAAAAACACGUUCGCAAAGCAUGCGACAAGGAUUUAAAAAAUAGGGUGAAUAAUGGGCCGGACAAAAGUACGGGGGAGACUACGAUAAAAGCAAAAAAGAAUAAACAAACAAAAAGAAGAAAAAACACGAGAAAGGUAUGAUUUUUUGUUUAAGUCGGGAAAGAGCGUCGUGUCGAUACCAUUAAAUAGAGGAAGAAGAAGUGUGAAUGAGAUUGUUAAUUAUGCCGAAGAGAAGCACGAGGAACGAGAAAACAAAAAACAUUGAUGCAAUGAGAAAAGUAGAAAUCUUUCGACACUGCAUGAAGAAGGGAAUAGAACUAAAAUCAAGGAAGAGAAUAAUUGAACGCCAGUCCGCGAGGCGUUACGAAUAAUUGAUACGAGGAAUUUGUAAUUUAAAAAAAUCGUGUCACAUUCCCGAAUCGUCGCUCGCACCGAACCUCACAGCGUUUUAUCUUCCUGUUGUGUAUCGAUGUUUUUGCAUUGCAUAAAGUGUAAUAAAAUUUGAAGCGCGCCCGACGCGAACGACGAACACGGGAGAGUGUACACGGGUCUCGAGUGUUUUUUUUUUUUUUUUUUUUUUUUUUUAUAACUUAAUAUUAUUUAAAACUCGUGGACUGAGCCUCGAAGAACGGUACAAUGUCGAUCGUAUCGAAGAACGAGGCGAUUAGAGUCGAAGGUGCGAUAUAGAGGACGAUAAACAAAGGAGAAAGAUUAUAACAACAUACACAGAAAAAAAAGACACAAAAUAAAUGUAAUAUAAAUUCCAUAA